AUGCGUCUACCAGCCUCCUGCGACCUCUCUGCUCUGCUCACCCACCUCAUCGCCCACCUGGGCUGCCACCCUGCCAUCAAUCCUGCGCUCAACUCGUCCCUGCCUGGGAAUGCGGUGCAGAAGAGGGCAUCGACAGUGGAUGAUGCUGAGGACAUGAAAAAGGCAUCGACAGUGGAUGAUGCUGGGGACAUGGUGGGAGCAGGCGGCAUGGCUGUGUAUGCAUGGGACAGCCCCGUGGCAAGGCAGAUGGUGCUGAUGCCUCUGCUCCCCCAUGCGCACCUGCCAGCUCAAGCACACGCGCGCACAGACGCUAAGGAGCCUGAGCAGGGUGAAAGUGAGGCACGGAUUCAAGUGGAGUCUCAGGUGGAUCUUCAGGUGGAACCAACAGAGCCGGUGGUGGUGGCUGGUGGGGGCGCUGUGAAGGUGCUGCUGUUCGAACCCCUCGUGGGGCUUGGCACUCCUGAGGUCGAGUUUCUCAAGCCAGGCGCAUUCACAUCCGCAGAGCUUGACAUCAUCGUCAGCACCGUCCAAUCAGCAAUCGACAGCUCAUCUCCCUUUCUCCUCUCCCUAUUUUCCUUCUCAGGAGGUCGAGUUUCUCAAGCCAGGCGCAUUCACACCCGCAGAGCUUGA